CAAAAAGCACCUAACGAUCCGUAAGUAACAAGGGCCGACGCACCAAAACGCAGAGCCACACCAGAACCUUCGUCCUCUUGCAUUGCCAAAGUCCCAUAUAACUCCCCCUCACCACUCUCUUUUUCUACAAACAAAUUUAAACUCUCACUCUAAACACUUCAACAGUGAUAUAAAAUCAAGGUUCAAAGAAGUUGCAAAAUUUCUGCUCUUUUGGUUCUAAAAUUAUGGCUUCCUUGUUGCUCUGUUUCAUACUCUGUUUUUCAAGCUUAUCUGUUACCUUAUCAGAGCAGCUUCUGCUAUUACCUCUAACUCACUCCCUUUCCAAAAACCAAUUCAACAGUACACACCACCUCCUCAAAUCCACUUCCACUCGCUCCUCCAUGCGCUUCCACCACCACCACCACAAAAAACUCAACAAACAACAACAACAAGUCUCUCUUCCACUCUCACCAGGCAGUGACUACACCCUUUCCUUCACAAUCGGCUCCAACCCUCCACAACCCAUCUCUCUCUACAUGGACACUGGCUCCGACCUCGUCUGGUUUCCUUGUUCCCCUUUUGAAUGCAUUCUCUGCGAAGGAAAAUCCACCACCACAACCCCACCACCAAAACUCUCCAAAAACGCCACCGUUUCAUGCAAGUCCCCAGCUUGCUCCGCCGCGCACACUUCUCUCUCCUCCUCUGAUCUCUGUGCCAUUUCUCGUUGCCCUUUAGACUAUAUCGAAACCUCUGAUUGUUCCUCUUUCUCUUGCCCACCUUUCUACUACGCCUACGGUGAUGGAAGCUUAAUAGCUCGCCUUUACAAAGACAGUUUAUCUGUACCCACCUCCUCUGUUCCUUCUAUGCUUCUUCCAAAUUUCACUUUUGGGUGUGCCCACACAACUCUCGGUGAGCCAAUUGGCGUGGCUGGGUUCGGCCCUGGCUUGCUUUCUUUGCCAGCCCAAAUCGCUACUGUCUCUCCUCAACUCGGUAACCGAUUCUCUUAUUGCUUGGUCUCUCACUCCUUUAAUCAGUACCGAGUUCAUCGUCCGAGUCCACUCAUUCUCGGCCGCUACGACGACAAGGAAAGGAAGGACAGCUCGGGUGUUGAUGGGUCUGACUCAGCUGAGUUUGUGUACACCUCCAUGCUCGACAACCCGAGUCACCCUUACUUUUACAGCGUUGGACUCAAGGGAAUCUCUGUGGGGAAGAGAAAUAUUGCGGCACCGGAGAUUGUGAAACGGCUUGACCGGAGAGGGAACGGCGGGACGGUGGUGGACUCGGGGACAACGUUCACGAUGUUGCCGGCGAGUCUUUACAACUCGGUGGUGGCUGAGUUCGACCGACGAGUCGGGCGAGUUCACAAGCGAGCGAGUGAGGUGGAGGACAAGACGGGACUUGCGCCGUGUUAUUAUUACGAUGGCAAGGUUGUGAAUGUGCCUGCCGUGGUUUUACACUUCGUUGGGGACGGAUCCAGUGUGGCGCUACCUAGGAGAAACUAUUUCUACGAGUUUUUGGACGGUGAUAAGAAGAAGAACGUUGGGUGUUUGAUGUUGAUGGACGGUGGAGAUGACGAGGAGUUGAGUGGUGGGCCCGGGGCUAUUCUUGGAAAUUAUCAGCAACAAGGGUUCGAAAUUGUUUAUGAUUUGGAAAAAAAGAGAGUUGGGUUUGCGAGGAGACAGUGCUCAUCGCUUUGGGAUAGGCUGAACCAGAACCAAAGCUAACGUACAUGGCAAGGUUUUGAUGAACGGCUGUGAUCUACUGCAAGACUUGGUUGACUUUUUUGAGGAAAGUCUGAGGAGCCUGGAUUUGGUAUUUUGAAUUUGAAGGUUUGACCACAGCUGAGGACUUUGUAAAUGCACUGGGGUAGGUAAUAAAUGCGGGGGGUUUUAAGAGUUUUGCACUUCAUUUUUUGCUUCUUGCUUGUCAAUUAAGAUUGUAUAAAUUUGUUCAUAAAAAGCUAUGCCUAUGGGAUUGGGAUGCUUGAAGCAACAAAUGAAGUGUGGACAGCUAAAAGAUCUGUAAAUCUUUUUUUGAAAAUUUUGUCAUAAUGACAUUUAAUGUGUUUAUUUGUAA